AUGACAAUUCCCGCCGAUAUCCUCGCGGCCAAUGCGUCGGGGAGAAUUCCCGACGGUGUCUCGCUCUCAUAUCUUGCACAGUCUCGCGAUGGCUCGGCCAUCGCAGGCAUCCUGUUCCUCGUCUGCUUCACCGGCGUGCUCAUGAUUCUCCGUCUCUAUGCGCGAGUGUUUUUGGUGAAAAAGCUUGGUUCAGACGAUGCAUUGGCGAUCUUGACGUUGAUUAUUUAUAUUGCUUUUGUGAUCCUGUCCAUCGUUCUCAUCCACCUCGGCAGUGGCCGCCACAUUGAUUACAUCGAAUAUGUACUUUCGUUAGCAACCGUCCGCAAGACCGAAGUCCUCGACUUCGUCGCCCACAUCCUCUAUACGACCGCCCUUCUCCUUUGUCGACUCUCCGGUCUCGCAUUCUAUUUCCGUCUAACGGCGCGCUCCAGCAAACUACGUCUCGGUAUCACCAUCGUCGCCGGGGUGAUUACCGCCGCCUAUCUUCCCCAGCUCUUCCUUCUGAUCUUCCAUUGUAAACCCGUCACCGGUCUUUGGCCAUAUGCCUGGCAGUCUGAACCCAUCACCUACAAGUGCUUGUCCUGGGGAUUGGUAUAUUCAGUCAAUUCCGGCGUCUCUUUGGCAUGCGAUGUGAUGAUGUUUAUCAUUCCUGCCAUCCUCAUCAAGCAACUCCAUAUCUCGAUGGAGAAGAAGGUCAAGCUUUCGCUGGUCAUGUUCCCUGGUGUCUUCGUGAUUGUGAUUUCCGCCGUCCGCGUCUGGCUCGUCGUCCGAGGCCAAUGGGCCGCCGAUGGCAGCUGGGCCUACAACCCCAUGCUGUGCGUCGAAAACGCAGAAAUCGCUAGUACCCUGAUCGCGCUAUCGGUUCCCGCGCUGAAGCCUGUCUUCGGCAACCUCUUCUCCCACCUGACGGAGUACACCUCCAGUCACACUCGCUCGCGGUCUGCCGGGCGGCUGCGAAGCCACUCGAAGCCCAUCAGCGGCCUAGGUUCCAACACCCGGGACGACAAGAGACUGAUCCGGUGGUCCGAACUUGGCCAUGAUGACUACGAGAUGAUGCCGUCCGAAGUGUCCGUGGUUCGGGAUAUGCAUGGCCCGACCUCCAAAGCGCCGGGCAUCCGCGUGACGAACGAGGUUAAUAUAACACGGGGCGAGGAACAUUCACCUUCUCAGCCCUCCUCGCGAGCUACGUCUCGCGCCUCCUCACGAGCAACAUAG